AAUUUCCAUGUCAAUAAGCAAAAUCUAGAAACAAUUCCACGUCUCCGUUUUAACGAUAACAUGCUUCUUUUUCCACCACCACUCCCAACUCGCUUCCCUCCCUCCGCCGUUACUUCUCCCCUCCACCACCACCACCACCACCACCAUCACCUUAUCUUCCAGCCGCUAUUCUCCGCCACCAACGGCUCCACAAUAACAACAACUAAUUUCGCCGUCUCUCUUAAUAAUAAUAACCAAAACGACGUCACCGAGCAAGAACAAGAACACGAACAAGACAUUCUCUCUUUACAGAGCCGCCGUUACGAUUUCACUCCACUUCUCAAUUUCUUAUCCAAUCAAAUCGAACCUUCUACAACUACUUCUACACCUACGUCAUUAGACGUUACAGAAUUCCAACUCGCUGAGUCAUACCGAGCCGUACCUGGCCCACUCUGGCACUCACUUCUUAAAUCACUCUGCUCAGCUCCUGAUUCCAUCGGUUUAGCAUACGCUGUCGUUUCAUGGCUUCAGAAACACAAUCUGUGCUUCUCUUACGAGUUACUCUACUCUAUUCUGAUUCACGCGCUCGGCCGUUCCGAGAAGCUUUACGAGGCGUUUUUGUUGUCUCAGAAGCAAGUUUUAUCUCCUUUAACUUAUAAUGCUUUAAUUAAUGCAUGUGCCCGAAAUAAUGAUAUUGAAAAAGCUAUUAAUUUGAUUUCUAGGAUGCGACAGGAUGGUUAUCCUUCUGAUUUUGUUAAUUACAGUUUGAUUAUUCAGUCUCUUGUUAGGUCUAACAAGAUUGAUUCUUCCAUUUUGGAAAAGCUUUAUAAUGAAAUCGUAUUUGAUAAGCUUGAGUUUGAUGUUCAGCUUUCUAAUGAUAUAAUUGUUGGCUUUGCUAAGGCUGGUGAUCCUACUAAGGCUAUGGAGUUUUUAGGCAUGGUUCAAGGGACUGGAUUGAGCCCGAAAACGGCCACUCUUGUUGCCGUUAUUUCGGCUUUGGGUGAUUCUGGUAGGAUUGUCGAAGCUGAGGCUAUUUUUGAGGAAAUGAAAGAUAAUGGAUUGAAACCGAAAACCAGGGCUUAUAAUGCGCUUCUUAAAGGGUAUGUUAAAGCUGGUUUGUUGAAAGACGCGGAAUCUGUUGUUUCGGAGAUGGAAAGGACUGGGGUUUCACCCGAUGAAUGUUCUUAUAGUUUGUUGAUUGAUGCUUAUGCGAAUGCAGGGAGAUGGGAAAGUGCCAGAAUUGUGUUGAAAGAAAUGGAAGCGAAUAAUGUUAUGCCUAAUUCUUAUGUUUAUAGUAGGAUUUUAGCUAGUUAUAGGGACAAAGGGGAGUGGCAGAAAUCCUUUCAGGUUUUGAGGGAAAUGAAGAACAAUGGGGUGCGUCCUGAUAGGCAUUUCUAUAACGUGAUGAUUGAUACUUUUGGUAAGUUCAAUUGCCUUGAUCAUGCUAUGGCAACCUUUGAUAGGAUGAUAUCUGAGGGAAUACAGCCUGAUAAUGUUACAUGGAAUACGCUUAUAGAUUGCCAUUGUAAGGCAGGCCGGCAUGAGAGAGCAGAAGAGUUAUUUGAGGAAAUGAUGGACAAAGGAUAUUCACCUUGUACCACGUCGUAUAACAUUAUGAUUAAUUCAUUUGGAGAGCAGGAGAGGUGGGAUGAUGUGAAAAGCUUUGUGGGGAAUAUGCGAAGUUUGGGUUUAUUGCCUAAUAUUAUAACAUACACAACACUUAUUGAUAUUUAUGGAAAAUCAGGAAGGUUUAGUGAUGCAAUUGAGUGCUUAGAAGACAUGAAGUCAACUGGUUUGAAGCCGUCAUCUACGAUGUAUAAUGCACUGAUAAAUGCCUAUGCUCAAAAGGGUUUAUCUGAGCAGGCAUUAAAUGCAUUUAGGCUGAUGAGAGCAGAUGACCUAAAGCCUAGUCUUUUAGCUCUUAAUUCCUUGAUCAAUGCAUUUGGCGAGGAUAGGAGAGAUGCUGAAGCCUUUGCAGUCUUGACGUACAUGAAGGAAAAUGACUUGAAGCCUGAUGUGGUAACAUAUACUACUCUUAUGAAAGCUCUGAUUCGUGCUGAUAAGUUUGAUAAGGUGCCUUCAGUUUAUGAAGAAAUGAUUUUGUGCGGGUGCACUCCCGACAGAAAAGCUAGAGCAAUGCUACGGUCUGCACUGAGAUACAUGAAGCAGACGCUAAAGCUGUAGCUAAAAUGUCAGGAUAGUUGUAUCAAGCAAAGUUUGGGAUCAAUUGUCAAGGAUUCAUGUUCAAGCUUGUUGCUCAUCUGUUAAUUCGAGGUCCAUAUGCAGUAUCAAACUCAUAAGCUACGAGCACGACUAACAUGGUAGUCCUCUGGACUUGAUGACUUGGCAGGAACAACGGGAUGUAUGCACAUUCAUAAUUUGGAAGGGAUUCCAGUCGAUAAGCAAGGGAAUUCCAGAGCUGAAAAACAUACUGUAAUAUAAAUGCACAGAUUUGAUGACAUUAUUGUUACAUAUUAGUCAGUAUUGUAACAUAUGAAAGCAAUAGGUGUAAUUUUUGUUUGGAACUGAAUAGUCGAGCAUAUAAAUGAACAGAGACAGUUCUAC